AUGGCCAACACAAACCGACCCGUCCGGGCUUGCAUACUAAAAGUCGAUCUAAAUAGUUGUUCCGGUUGCCCAAACAACGCAAAGACAAAGCUACUGAGUCUCUCCGGCGUGACAGCAGCGGAGUAUAACGAAGAAAAAGGGCUCAUGACAAUCACAGGCGACGUUGACCCUAUGACUCUCGUUCAGACACUUACAAAAUGUAAAAAGAAAGCAGAGCUUGUGUCUGUGAAUUACAUGCGUGAUGUUGAUCUCAUAAGCAGCGAUGAAGAAAACGAAGAUGACGAUGAGGAUGAAGACGACACUUCUUCUGAUGACACUUGUUCAAAUCCUGAUCCAAGACCAAUGGAACGUGCGUCGCAAGUAAAUACUAGGCCCACUAUAAAGAAGGAGGAAGGGAUGCUAAGGAAGUAUCUUCUGUUAGGGUGUUUACGCAGCAAACCAAAAGUUGUUGAGCCUUUUCCAUUGGCAAAGAGAAUGUUCGGGUCAACAAGGUUUGGGAACGGUACCUUCGACCAUGGCAAUGCUAAGCGACCUCCUCCACCUACGUUGAAUCCACUUUUACAAUAUCAUAUGAUGAUGCAACAAGGACAACCACAGUUUCAGAUGAAUGGAGCAGUACCACCGAUGCAUAUGAAUAUGAACCAGCAGCAGCAGUCACAAAAUACACCAUAUCAUUGGCAAAUAGAUCCACAAUACAAAGCUAUGUUCCCACAGCCACAGCCACUGAAACCUGAUCCCAAAAUGUCGGUCAAUAAUGGUCUACAUUACUCCGGCAAGUGAUUCCCGACCGCUUUGAGCCCACUAGGCUGCUGCUACUACUUGUUCUGUUGAUUCUGUCCUUAAAACGUUAUUAUUAUACUAAAGCAAACGAAUGUUAUUUUAGUGGACUUGUUGUUCUCCUUUUGCACUGAACAUUUAUUUUU